CCGAGAUAGUUUACCCCUAAACUAUGGAGCCGGUUGGGCACUUGGUGGGCUGGUCAAGUAAUUUUUCCCAAUAAAAAUAAACUAAACUUAUCACUUGGUUGGAGUUGAAAUUAAUUACUGUUUCAAAAUGAUGUUGGAGGUAGUUUGGGAGAGUGUCUUGUUAAUAGUAUUGACAGCUAUGGUAAUGAUGAAGAUGAUGAGGAUUGGUUGCAAAUUUUGAUGUUGAUACCUAAUGUAGUUACAUUUAGAGAUAUUGAAAUGGUUACCAUGAUAAUUAUCAAACCAAAUAAGUCUAAAUUAUAUUAAUGAUGGAAUACAAUAUCAUAACCAAAUCGUCCAAACUAAUACAACAACCAAAUUAACCAAAUUAAAGUUUAAUCGGUUUGGUUAAUUGAUUAACCAAUAUAACAUCACAUUAUAAUUAAGUGAAUUUUUUUUCGGUUAGUGCAUCAAUUCACCAUUCAUAUAAUGAAUAACAUAUAACAAUGAACUCAUAUUUAUAGCUAACCCUUUACAAAAAUAUGUGUAACAAAUACAAUUAUCUCUCUUAACAUAAAUACAUGUAACAAAUAAAAUUAUCUUACAUUUCACUCCUGCACCGGAGUUCCUAGUUGGGAUUUACUUUGUCUGCGGGCUCUAAGUCGUUUGUUGCUCUGCCUUGGGUGGCUUUCUCAGUUGACUGAGCUGUUACUUUGUUAUCUGGGCAAAGCUCUAGUGAUGCCAGGGGAAUACACUGGCUAAUUUAGCAUCCCUUCAAUAAAAAAAAUUAUGUGUAUAUAAUAUAUAUUAAAUAUAUGACUAAUUACUUAACUAGUUAAUUGGGUUUGAUUGGUUAGGAGUGUCUGAAACCAAACCAUCUAAACCAAACAAAUUAAAAAAAAUUAACCAAACCAAACCAUCUAAACCAAACAAAUUAAAAAAAUUAACCAAACCAAUGAUCCAAAUUAACUAUAUAUUGAUAUUUGAUUUAGUAAGAAUUGGAGUAGAGUUCUUAAAAGGGUUUCUUUCCAAAGUGGAACAUAAGAAUUAAUGAAUUGAAUUUGGAAAAAUUAAUAGAUUUGAAAAUAAAUUCAAGUUCUUAAAACAGUACUGCUAACAAACAUAUUAAUUUUCUAAAUUGUAUAACAAUAAUCAUUUGUAGUAUAAAGGAUAGAGAUUAAUUUAAAUUUCAAGGGUUGUCAAAUGAUGUUGAGCUCAAUACUAUCAUCACCAAAAUAUUUUUUUUUACACUAACCCAAAGCUCCUACACACGACAGAUUUUCUCUGGACAAAUUUAACAAAAAUAACGCGCCAGGAAGGGGUCGAACCUUCGACCUUCUGCUUAGGAAACAGACGCUCUAUCCACUGAGCUACAGGCGCUCUUAUUGCUACCAUCACUAGCCAAUAAAAUAUCAUACAUUUCACAUUUCCUGUUGUAAGAUGUUAUGUUUAACACUCUUCUUGAAACAAUAUCACACGUUACAAGUUACAACCCUUAUUAUAAGAAUAGAGCAAGUAGAACCAUCAAACCAAUUAUAAUAAAGGUUAGGUUUGUUUGUUUGGAGGAUCAGGGACGUAAAGAACGAUUUUUAGCGAUUGAAUAUGAAAUCAGAUGAACCACCUUGAUUUGAUUGGUCCAUUGGAUGACAAUUUUUAACACAAAAAAAUACUUAGAAUAAAAAUAUUAACGUGAACUAAGGCCAUCAACCUUCAUUACUAAUUUUAUUUCUGUUUCAUCUUCUUUCAUUUCUCAACCUCUUUGUUUGCUUUACGUGGUUUACUAUCUACUGCCAUCCUAAGUAUUAUUUUGAAAAUGAUCAACUUUUUGUGUGUUUUAAUUUGUGAGGCAGUUUGAAAUAUUUGUUAGAAACUUUAGUCACGAAUGACGGAUUUGAAAUUGUUUAUGCUUUAGUAACAGCUACUAUAUUGUACCUUCUCAUAGAGAUAUGAUAUUCGGGUUUUAUUUUUUAUGGUAGGAUUUUCUUCUCCAGCUAUUGUUAUAUUUUCUUUUUUUGGGUUUAUUGGCUUUUUCUGAUUUUUUAUUUUAUUUCUUGGCUUUCUGGGUUUCUUGACUUUCUCGGUUAUAUUUUGUAGAUCAUUGUUAUUUAAUGCCAUGGAUACCAGUUUGUAAAUGGUUUUUUUCUAAAUAAUAGUUCUAUGAGGUAUGGAUACUCUUCUGUGUUAUUUGGAUAUCAAUUCGUGAAUGUGGAAUACAUAUUGUUUUCAUGAUGUAUAUCAUUUACCAACCUUGAAUAAUAGUUGUUUUCAAUGUGGAUAUUAGUUCGUAAUUGAUUGGCUUUGGUUGUUAAUUCUUUGAGUCUGGAUACUAGUUCUAUGAUUCCUGAAUACUUGUCAGUGCUCUCUGGAUACUAGUUUGUGCUCUCAUGUAUACUUGAAUACUACUCCAUCAUAGUGUGGUUACAAGUUCAUGUAUACUGAUCGAUAUGAAAAUGCUACCAAGUGCACUGAUCGAUAUUAGUUAGCAACCCUUGAAUACUAGUUGGUUUGAUUGUGGAUAUUAGUUGGUAAUUGAUUGGUUGAAUACUAGUUCUGUGAGUCUCGAUACUAAUUUGUGCUCUAUUGAUACUAGUUCAUAAAUACAAAAUGCUACCAAAUGUUGAACAAAACAUGGAUACUACUUCAACACAAACGGAUAUUAGAUUGGGAAAUAUGAAUAUUAGUUCGUGAUGCUUUCUCUCUCCCGUGUGAGAAUAGUUGGUGAGUGGCAUUAAAUACAAGUUCGUGCAUUUAGGAUACUAGUUUUUGAAUUUUGGAUACUAGUUCUCUGUGCUAGCUUGGCUCUCAAUCGAAAAGCCAUUAAAAUCCACUUAAAUGAGUCAUUCCCUUAGCCAGUGAGCCCCAAUCCUUGGAUCUAAACUCCGCCCGCAUGGCCUCUAUCCUUACCGUGUGAGUAUAUACUCACAUGAAGGGUUGUGAGCAGCAUAGCUAGACUGCGCCUUCCAUAGUGAGUUGUCUUUCCUCUCCCUAUUAUAUUUAUGUUCUUCCCAUCUUUUCUUUUCUAAACAAGGAUAGUAAGGUUUUCAGUGGUUGCAAGAAUUAGUGUUCCAUACCAUCCUAAUUUCUUCGAGAUCGAAUCAAUCAAUAUUAGAGGGAGAGGAUAGAAGAGAAAUGAGAAGCUGAUGCAAACACUUUCAUACAUUUUAUGACAUACUUUAUAAGGUUUCUGGUUUGCGUUAUGAGUUUUGUAGUUUGGUUUGUUGUAUUUCCGACUUGCGUCAAGAUACUUGUGGUCAGCUUUAUAAGAUUUUUGGUCUUGUUCAGGAAACUUGUGAUUAGCUUUAUGAGGAAUCUGGUAUACUUUAUAAGUUUUGUGGUGUGGUGACUAGUGAGUUUUGUAGUAUUUGUGAUGUGCUUUCUACAUUUUCUAUUCAGCUUUAUAAGAUUUCUUGUUUACAUUAUGAGUUUGGUGGUGUGGCUUGCCUUGUUUCUGGUUUGGUAUGAGUUUUCUGGUUUGCUUCAUGAUAUGCAUGGUAAGAUUUAUGAGUUUUCUGUGGUCUACUUGAGGAAACUUCUUGUGAGUUUUGUGUUUUGCUUUGUUAGUUUUGUGGAGUGGUGAACUUCUAGUCUACUUUAUGUGUGUUGUAAUUUGUCAUAUUUAUGGUGUCAAUUUUAUGAUAUGCUUCAUGAUAGUUGUGAUCGUUGCCGACUUGGGAUAGAAUGCAGAAUAAUUGGUUGGUCAAUGUCACAUGCGGCGUGUUGCACUAAUUUUUUUUUUAAAUGACAAAUAAGUCCAUGCCUUUAAAGUUAUAAUAUAAUGGGCUAAUACCACUACAACACCCAAACUAUCCGGAAAAUGCCACUUGUGUCCUAUUGUUUCCGAUAUUCCAUUCAUGUCAUGAACUAUUAUAUUUAGUGUCAUUUGUAUCCUGCCAAUUUCGUUGACCGUUAAAGAUAACAGUUGACCAAACGGCGGUCAACUUAACAUUGACUUUUGCUUACGUGGCAAUGCCAAGUCAUUGACACCUCAAAUUUUUAAUUUAAAUUAAAUAAAACUUUAAAAAUAAAAAAUUGAAAAAUCCACCGACUUCUUCUCUCCUGCGAUGAGAUUCUCCAGCCAUGGAAAAAUCCGCCCUCCCCAAUCUCCGGCCAUGGAAAAAUCCACCGACUUCUUCUCUCCUGCGAUGAGAUUCUCCAGCCGAGACUUGUGAUUCCCCCUCUGAAUAUCCACCAUUCCCACAAAUCCAAUCCCUAGAAAUUGGGAUUCUCAACCCAUCAACUACCAUCUCCCAGCUGUUUCCAACUACUCGACCUUACCCCCACUAUUGUCUCCCGAUUAUGCGCCAACUGAUAUUGCAGGUAUGGAGAGAGCGAAACUGAUAGGCGAAGUAGAGAGCAUGAGCUCACAUCCUGGGUCGGUAGGAUGGAACUCGCCACCGUGAAGGAGAUUUCAGCGACGAUUUUUGGAGAAGCAAACGGCUCGGAGGCCCGAGAGUUUCUAGAGGGUCGAUUUUGCUGGAGGUUGCAGUUGCGAGUCGGAUUGGAGUGGUGGCGGAGUGGGUUGGCAGGUCCGAUUCGAGUGGCGGCGGAGUGGGAUGAGUAUGGUGGUGGCGGAUUGGGUUGCCGGGUCUGCUCGAGAAUCUAGAUCUACGAUGCUCAAUCUCUCGAUCCCUUCAAAGAAUCUUCCAAUGAAGUGAUUUCCAGCUGAAAAGCAGAGGCUACGGUGAUGCAAACUGCCAUGGAGCAGAGAGUUCUGGCGGCAAUUGACGGGCGGUGAGGUUUCUCUAAAAGAAUCGUCGGGCGUCGAGGUCGCUCUGAAGAGUUGUCGGGCGUAAAGGGAUAGAGAGGAAAGACAAAAUUUGAUUCUUAUCUUCUCAAUUUUUUCUCAUUUUUUAUUUUAUUUUAAUUAUUUUCUUCAAUAAAAUGGAAUUAAAAAUUCCAUGUCAUUUUCCACAUCAACGCUGACUAGACAAUCUGUUAAAUUUUAACGGUCAACGCUGGUCAACACUAACAGAGUAAUAGUUCAGGACACAGAUGGAAUAUUUGAUACAAUAGGACACAAGUGACAUUUUUCGGAUAGUUCGGGAGUUGUAGUGGUAUUAGCCCUAAUAUAAUUGUGGUCGACUCUUUCAAUAUAAAAAAUCAGAAUAGAAAAUUUUCUAUUAGUCGAGGUUAGUGUAACACCAUGUUAACUAAUUUGGUGUUCACAUUCUACGUCAGCCAUCACAACCUACCAUCAUCUACGAGUUAAUGGUUACUUCCAAAUAGGGGUGAGCAAUGAUCCGAUUCAUACAAGACCGCAUCGAACCAAAUUGAUGUUUGGACCGGAUACCGAACCGUCAAUAAUGCAGUUCGAUCCUUGGUCCAAUAAAUAUUACAAUUACUG